AUGGUGGAGAUGCUUGGCCCUCUUCCUGCUCGCCCACCCACACCUCCAAGGCCUGGUUCACGCAUUGAUCAGGACGAAAACGACACCCCAGCGCAGAAUAUCACAGAAACACCGCAAGCCACCAAUUCCUCCAGGCCUCCCCCGUCUAGCCGCGCCUCCAAACGAGUGACCUGGUCACCAUGGCUCCAUACCUCGAUUGACCACACGCCAGGUCCAUUGAACAAACUCGGAUCUAAGGAUAGCCCGUUCAACAACAAGGACUCGAAAUCUAGAGAUAGUCCAUUCAAGUCUAUUCUAAAAGAAUCUAAUUCGCCAAUUCCCGUAUGGUCGCCUAAAUUUGAUCCGUUCACCUCGGAUUCUCUUGUCAUGCUCCUCGAAUCCGUCAUCCAGCAACUGGCUGGAGAGUCCAUCACCUCCCGGCUUGAUGCAUACAUACAGUUUUUCAACGCACUCCGGGCAUACGAUUCUUUACCGGCGGCGAAGGACAUUGCGGAGAAGCUGAGCCUGAUCACCCAAUUUAUACAACGUGACGUGAGCCGCGAUUUUGUCAACGGUACACCGGUGGAUACAAAUCUUGCCAACCAGGCUCUGAAGCUGUCCGCUGCCUUCGUAUGGCACUCAGGUGUAUCGCCUUUGUUGCCAGAAGAGUUCAAAGUUUUCCUGGUGGAGCACUCCACCACUUGCCUGCAAGACGCUAAGGCACCCAAGUCUGUUUUGACACACUACAUGUCCAUUCUUUCGGCCCAGAAUUUCGGCACUCGAGUCAUGACAAGCACCCGUGUCACGCGUUUACUUAUAGCAUUGGAAGAUAUCACCAACCGUGUCAAUGGUAAAGCAAUCGCUCUGCAUCGUUUGUCCAUUUAUCAGCGUCUUCUCGUCCAGUCUAAAUCAACAUUUCUCUCUCACUCUUCACUGUGGGUAGAGCAUUUGGUCUAUGGCCUUCUCAAUCAUAUGAAAGAUAAUAGAUCAAAAGCGAUAGCCCUUGGCUUCCAGAUAGCUUUGGCAGCCGGCCCAAAUCACACACUUUCCAAGAAUCUUCGAGACCUUUUUGAUCGACCUUUGGAAAAAGAUGGAAAGAUCGUGAACGAAAUCCGUGAAAGGUUGUCUCGGAUGAUGGCCAAUCCGGAGACCGGGGUUCAUGUUCCACAGAUCUGGAGCAUUGUUGUUCUACUUAUGAGGAGCAAGGGCUCGGGUUUAGAGCAGUGGGAGCACUUCAAGGAAUGGGUUCUUGUUCUUCAAAAGUGCUUCAAUUGCAGUGAUCCUUCUAUCAAGAACCAGGCCAUCUCAAGUUGGAAUCGUUUUGUCUUUGCUGUCAACCCGACCGAAAAAACCAGCCUCAACUUGAUCAAGAUGCUUGGCAAACCAAUUCUCUCACAAUUCGAACGGAGAAAGUCCGAUAAAGCAGGACCAGCUCCUACUCAAUUUGCCCUGAGUAGCUACUACAACUUGCUUUAUUAUGCAUUCCGCCCCUCUCCUCCUCACACCCACCUCGAUCUCAUUUGGGAAGAAUAUAUCGCCGUUCCCUCUGCAUCAAUAUUCUCAUCAGUCCCCAUUAUGAGUGACAGUGAAGCACGUGUGCUAGCUGCCCUACUAUGGAGCCCACAGCCCAAAAUUUGGACAGAAGGUCGCAUCAACGACACACGUAGGAUCGAAGCCGAAGAACUUCCCUCGAUUGAUCCAAGAUGGGUCCGUUCAAGAGUCUCAUCAAUCUUGAAGGUAUUCGAGUCUCUGCUCAAAUCAUCAGUUUGGAAUGACAACCAGCUUGAGAAUUCGAACAUUGCUCGAGCUUGGACCAAUCUUGCUAGUGCAUUAUCUUUGGCAUCCAGCAAGGAAAUAAGCCCUUCCACGGAGUCCAUGCAAGCUGUCGCUAGUGUUCUUGGACUGUUAAGCCGCCUCUGUAAUGGUGGCCCUGCUUCAUUGAACGCCUCCGGAGCUGGAGAGGUGGAUAUCUUCUUCGAACGGUUCCGAUUCUUGUCCACGACAAUGAUUUCUUCCCUUGGAAGCAUCCCAUUUACGGAAAGACUUCUACUGAAAACUUCGGACGGAAUGUUCCAAACUUCCAGCACUCCGACCCAUCGCCAAUCGACUUCUGGGACAAAUCUCAACAGUCCCAUCCUGCAUCUUCUCCGAACAAUCAGCACUAACUCGGUAUCAGCAACGCCAACUUUGGCUUAUGUCCGCCUGGUUGAAGGAAUGAUCCAGGCUUCGUGCAUAGGAAGAAUAUCUCGUGGAUCUCGCCUCGAGCUCCUACAGCAAUGCGCCGAUUUGAGCAUUGCAGAAUGUACCUAUGUUUCGCACCCUUCCCCAUUAUAUGAGGCGGUUUGGAAGGCCAGUGCCCGAGCCGCUGCCGAUGCCUUGCAGUCGUUCCCGGUGGAAUCUGCCCGAGAACGUGAUGGCUCUGUUUCCCGCGAUUAUGAUAAUGUCACCAAAAUACUUUCUUCGGGACUAAGACUACACAAUGUGAACCAAGAAUGGUCAAAUCUGCUCGGGUCGUUCAUGCGAGUAGCGAGAACAGAGAAAGGAGAUCAAGGGCUUCCUGAUCUCAUCAUUGAACCUCUGGCUGGAUGUCUCAUGAAUCUUUCGGUUCAUGACACCUAUCUGCCUUCGGCAUCACUUCUGAGCCAGUCGUUGUCGGUACCUUUCCUACAAGGUAACGACGUAGGAAGUGAACACGCUGUCUCUAAGCAGCCCAGUCCCCCGCCAUUCCCCCACAAACUCGCAGAAUCAAUCUCAAGAACAUUGAACCUGGCGUAUGAUGGCUUUAGUGUGUCAGAAUCACAAGGCCUCGCCGGCUUUAUCGAGUCAUUGACCUCAUUCCUGGGCUCUGGGGUCCCUCAAUUUCGCUCGCAGCUUCUUCAAACCUUGCAACCUUCGUUGAAGGCUUGGGUUCAGGAUGGUGAUUUCAAAUUUGAUUUCCAACACGGCGUGGAUAGCCGAAUCUUAACUGCGUGCCGAGCUCUCACAUUCGCUGUUCUCAACGUCGUGCAGAUAUGUGUUCGCGAUGAUUUAUCUUCGCUUCAACUGUUCGACUUAGUCAUUUGCGCGGGCUUAGAGUCUCCGCAUCCGUCAAGGGCGAAGAAAUUUGUCGAUUUCUGGUAUUCGACGGGUUCAAAAGCAGACCAGGUUUCUUCCAGAACUUCCAUCGGGGAAUCUCUUGCAAAGGCCUUGGACAAUCUCAAAGCAGCAGCGCAAUCCAAAAGAAGUGACAAGGUAAUCAUAAAACCACCCCUGUUGGUAUUGUCACAUGCACUAAAUAUGAAUUCUCAGAAUAAUCGUCUCCCAUCUUCAGCUUCGUGCAUGUCAACAUCUGCACAGCAUAACCCUCGGGCGUAUCUCUCUGCUAAUUCAUCACCAGUGAUUGGAUCAGCGGAGCAAUCACUGGAGAUCUCAGACCUAACAGAGCCACGGCUGCCCGCUAAUUCUCGGCCCGAGCUUAAUGAAGAUACCACCAUGCUGCCUUAUCCGGGAAAUCGAAGGGAUGUCUUCCGAAUGAUUGACUCCAUUCGAUCCUCAUCUCCUGCGAAUACUUCUGGCGGUCUGGGUUUUGAUACGCCAGUUCAUUUGCGUAGACAAGGCUCGCGAUCUGCUUUCGGAACUCCAUUGACUCCAACGCUCGUCCCAGCAGAGAACGAAGAUGGCUUUAUUGGGUCAUCUCCUACUCCUGCGACUCGGGAUCAAACCCCUGCGUUACACCACGAUGCACCAAUUCUGAGAGCGCAAGAUAUUGUGAUGGCUGAUGCAUCUGAUGUUCCCUCAUCCCCACCAUCGAUUAUUUCGCGAAGUCCAAGUCCCAACAAACGGUCUCGGACUGCGAGAAACUUACGACGAAAAUCGUUGAAGCGAUUGAAUAAAGCGCAGCGUGCGGCUGCAGAACAAAGCGCAGCCAGCAGCCCUGCUGUUUCUAUCAUGGAAAAUACUGAAGAUCUACCUAAGGCCGAUGUACUUGAGAAACCUAGAGAAAACACUUCGGUCUCUCAGGAUGAAAGACCGCCAAGCCGCCGGACUCGUUUAGCCUUGAGUCAGAGCACCGAAAACGACCAGAACUCGGCGUCAGCCCCUACAUUUGGCACACCUACUAAACAAAUCGAGGUAUCAUCUGCUCAUAACUCCAACUUAAAGUCAGCAAGCCGAAACAAAGCCAGAAAGGCCAUGUCUAAGAAGACAGAGAGCGAAGACAGGCAACAAGAUCAAUCUGCGGACCAGCCAAAUGAUCUACCCAUUCUGACAAUCAAUGACUUCGUUGAUUCGGGCGAUGAUUUGGAUGUUCAAAUUGCCUCUCAGCUGUCACAGGACUUAGGAUUGGCCGUGGAUCAAUGUAGUCAGCGUGAAGAACAAUCUGCCGAUGUGACGGGAUCUGCUCCGCCACAAAGCUCUAAGAAGAGGAAGCGUAGUGAGGACAGUGGUCCUCCGGUGACCUCAACUGAAAGACGUCGUUCAACCAGACGAUCCACUGCCAAGGAAGCGGUUCCCACCGCCCUAGCCGAUCCCGAUGCUACCCAGUCUCAGGAGAUUGAAAUUGCUGAGGCCUCUCAAGCUUCUGCCCCAGCUAAGCCAUCUGUACCCACACCACGUCGAUCGACUCGCAGCUCUCAACACAAAGAUGAAGCUGUCGAAGAAGAACAACUUUCCCCUACUGUGAUUUUUGAGACUUCACAAGAACAGGCGGAGGAUCUAGAAAUUUCUCAGCCCCCGCCGAAGCGGACUCGCAAAUCUGCCCGCGUUGAGGACCAGUCAAUCAACGGUGUAGGGACUCCAAUUCGGUCUCAGUCCUCGCGCAAUACCCGGUCUGGCAGAACACGCUCAUCCCAAAAACAAAACCAAAAAGAACCACCGAUUGAAACGACGCGGCCAGAAAAAUCAUCAGCUCAGGUUGAAGCUUUUCCCGAUAUUAAUACCACUCCGCAGAACCCCGUCAAACCCAACGUUCCGCCUGUUUCCGACGAGGAAGCGAUCGCUUCCCAAGCAACAGUAGCCAGUCCACUCUCAGUAUCUGUCUUGAUCGACAAUGAUAGUCACAUGAAUGUGGAUACAAUAGUGUCCACUGAACAGGUAGCGGAUACGGCCAUGGCAGACAUCCAAACAGAACCCAUUCCCACGCCAAGAUCCAACCCGAGCGAGUCAGGAAUCACCAAUUCGCUCAAGAAAAUUUUGGACGAUAUGAAACAGGCCAACCUGAGCCUGGACGCUCUCCGCGAGGUUGACAACCUCCUUUUCAACAUCCGUGUCGAGGCGCAUGACGCAUCACGGCGACACAAUCAUACCGCAUAG